AUGUCUCGUCGUGACGAGGACGUGUCCCCCUUCGCCCCUCGGCACAGCCUGGGGCGCAGCCCGCCCUCUACCCCCACCACCGCAGCCCCCGUUGGACCCUCGCUGACCAGCGAGAAGCGCCCGUUGCCGUCUCCGGAGGAGGUGCCGCCGCAGCGGCAAUGUGUAGAGCGCCGCGCCACCGCGCAGCGCUCGGUGCCGCCGGUGGGGGGGAUACUCACCACCGCCACCCCCCGCCCCACGCCUCCCCCCCGGAGGACCACCCCGCCCCGCCCGACCACCGCGGCUCCCGCCGCCCCCGCCCCCGUCUCCGCGUCUGUCGCUGCCUCGGCCGUGUCGGCCGCCCUCGCCGACGCCACCGCCACCGCCNAACUGCGCGUUAAUCAUGUAGAGACUAAAAAGGACUAA